UCACCUUUUUUCCCCUCCCCCUAUAAAUACAUAUAAAUACAGGUUGAUCAUAUCGCUUCUCCUCUUCCAUCUCACAGAGCUUCCAAAUUCCAAGAACUGAAGAAAAAACUUUCAAGAACAUCUGAAACAUGGCACUGCCCAUCAAGCUUCUCCUAGUCUCUGCAUUUCUCUCCCUCCUCCUCCUGAUCCAAGGCGCGGCGGCGAGGUCGUCGCCGGCGGCGGGGAAGUGCGCGGCGGCGAGCGUGGAGGUGGAGCAGGCGAACACCGGCGAGAAGGCGGGGUACGACCCGGUGUUCGAGGUGACGGUGCGCAACCGGUGCGCGUGCGCGGCGCGCGGCGUGCGCCUCCGCUCCGAGGGGUUCGCGAGCUCCGUCGCCGUCGACCCGCGGCUGUUCCGCCUCGACCGCGACGCCGGCGACUACCUCGUCGGCGACGGCCGCCGCAUCGAGCCCUCCGCCGCCGUCACGUUCCGCUACGCCUGGGACCGCGCCUUCCGCAUGGCGCCGGCCGCCCUGCUCGACGACUGCUCCUGAAAAACCAACCAUCAUCGAUCGUCCACUGAUUGAUUCUCUGAUCGAGAUUCAAGAACAACCGGUGAUAAAUGUGUUUAUUAGCAGCGUGUAGUGACAGUGAAUUAAGGAGUAAUUAGUAGUAGUAUUUACUUAGUUGAGAGUGUUCUUGGGUAUUUGCUGGCUUGCUGCUAAUGGCAUCAAUGGCAUGAAUGAUCAUUGGGCAUUGGCAUGUGCUGAAGAACACAAAUCGGAUUCAGAAAAAAAAAGUGAAAGGUGGAUGAGGCUUUUUUGUUUUUAGCUGAGAAGAUCAAGUGUCUCAGUUUCAGGUGACGGGAAUGUAUGGUUUGGUUGGUUGUUUGCUUCCCAGUAAAGGAGCUUAGUGGCUAAGUCUUGGAUUAAUUUAACCCCUGUGUUCAACUUCA